AUGUUGAUUUGCUUUGAGGAUGAAGAGGUGUCUGUAUGUUAGUUACACAUAUUAAUUAAUUUCAUACGUAGUUUAGACGAAAUUAUUUGCAUGUGUAAUAAUAAUUUUAUUUGGAACAGUCACUAUUUACGAUUUACUAUUUAAAUUCAAGAGAUUUUUUUGUAUGUACUUCUAAAAAGAGAGACUAUGUUAAGUCUGUAUUUUGUAAAAAUUUAAUAUACCUGCAUGGUCAUGGAAUUUUCACUGUUGCAGGUUCAGAUCUUUAGAUGCUAAAGAAUUAUUAGACAUACUUUUCAACUAUCUUAAAUUUACAAAAGAAAGGGUAAUAUUUUGUUUCGUCGAAGAGUUGACCAGAAAAAGUUUAGAAUUUUAGUUAAACACGGCACUGUGUUACCAGAUAUACAAAAUUAUGUGAAAGAGCUCUUACUUAAUGAUAGUAAUGAGAAUUAAAUUCCUUAAACUAAGUUUUGUCCUUAAAAUGUGCCACAUUAGGAUUAUGGAAUGCACUGAUAUUGGUAUUUGUAUUACUUAACUUAUUUUUCAUUUCAUACAGUUGUAAUUUGGUUGAGGCAUUUUUGAAAGGACAAGUAAUUUAAUUUUUUUGUGUGUGAUUUGAGAUAGUUUUUGUCCAGUGGCUGUGCCACUGUGAUAUAAUUUAAUUAUUGGAAUAGUAAGUGAAUUAUAUAUUGUUUUAUUGAAAGAACAGUCUUGAAGUGAUGAAAACUUUAUUGCAAGACAAGACAAUUACCCUACCAAUGAUAUUGAAACUUACCAAAAAAUGACUAAAUGGGUGAGCCAAAAUAGAUUCUCAGAUAGUCUUGCAGCAAAAUUUUCAUUUUUCAUUUUUGUACUAGGAAUAGUAUUAUUUUAUGUGGUUAUUAUACCUGACUGUAGAAUUAACUUCAAUCAUUAAAAAUUUUUAUGUCUGUCCUUUGUUGUUAAUAUGUUGUGUUAAAUAUUAUAAGUUUAACAGCUGGUUUGUAUGGAUUUUUAGAGGUAGUUAGCAUCCUCUAAGUACAUCUCCUUUACUGUUCCAGUUUACAUUUGUGUAUGGUUAUCUUAGAAAACUGAUCUCAAUAAAUGCUUUGGUCAGUGACUUAAGCAUGGUAAAAAAUGGAUGUUUCCUCUAAUCCUUUCACUGAUUGCAGUGUCAAAUUUCAGGUCUAAAAUGAGAAGAAAUUGCUGUUGAAUCUCAAAAAUGAUGUUAUUUGGUCUUAAACUUUGAGUUGAACUUUGACAAUGCAAAAACGAAAGCAUUAAAUGGAGCACAUAUUCAGUUACUAGCCUUACUGUUAUGAUGAAAGGGAGUGGCAUCUCUACUCUGCAUUGUGCAUAUGCAUGCUUGCAUAAUUUAUCCAUGCUGCUUUACACCUUAAGCACUAAGAUGUUUCUAGCAUAAUUUCCCAUCUUCAAUGAGUUAGUAUAGUCUUGUAACUUUUUAAAUUCUAUUCCCACAACUGGCACUUUCCUGACUGUUUGACUGAAUGACACCUGUCAAUCAACAAUAAAUCUGAGACCCUUUGUUUUUCCCUUGACAGAACACCUCCUCCAAUGGGUUGCCAGUUUGUCGGGACUAUGUCUCUGGCCAGUGCCACAGAGAAGCCUGCCGCUAUGCCCACGUUAAAGACAGUGAGCUUUCUUUCUUUUGUUAAUGCUUAGCUGAGUAGCCCUAGCAGCCUUGGCGCUAACCAACGUGUAAAUUUAUAGUAUUCUUAAAAAAGACCAUUGUCAGUGAAACAUGAACUGGAUGUCAAAGACCUAAAAAAGAGGUAGAACAUAACAAGGAAAAUGAAUUUCCUGAUGGUUUGAGCUGCUUGCGGCUGAUAGGGCUAAGCUGUGCCUCCAGAUCAUUCUUGCUUAUUAGGCAGGCUCUCGUUCUUGCUUUGCUGGCCUGUUUAUAAAAAAAUCAAACAAAUUCAAACUCUUCUAGACAUAAGUUUACACCAGCUGGUGAAUUUUCCAGUCAGUUUUUGGUGCUAUAAAAAUUAAUCAUACUCUCUCAAGUGCUUGAUCUUGAAAAGGCAACGUUUCUCAAAAUGAUUUUGAAAUUUGACAAGUUAAGUAUUAUUAACUAUUACGUAUUAAGUCCACAGUGGACUGGACAUACAUAUUGAAAAAUGCAAGCUUGAAAUAAGCAAUGAAAAGCACUUCUAACACAUACACACUAACGAAAUUAAAUACUCCAAAAAAGUGUUUUUGAUGUGCUCAUUGACUGAAUAAUUAUCAGUUCAGUUCUUUGCAUCUAUUAACAUUGAAAGCAAUAAAUUGAAUAGAAAAAAAAACCUGUAAUAAAUAAAAACAAGACACACACACAUUGGAAAUAUGAAUUUUAUGAUAUACUCUGGACGUCAGGUCCCCAGAAAAUAGUUUUGUUUCCCUGAGGGUCUGCACUGUGUGUCCAACAAAUCUAAUGUUGAAAUGAUGAAUAUACACUUUUCAUGUAUUUGAACUGCAGAAUAAACAAAUAAAUUUAAGAUCAUCACAGGUACAGAUGCAACUUAUGAAAAGGCGUGAAGCAUUCCGGUCUAGAAAACCAUUUACCUUCUUAAAAGAAGCCAUUAAUAGAAUAAUAAGAGAUUCAGUGAUUGUGUUAAUGAAAAGUCUGAGUUAGACUAUGUUUAUUUAGACACGACAGCUUUGAGUCUGUGGAGUUUCUCAUUUGGAAUUUCUCUGGGAUAGGCACAAAUAUUUGGCCCAUUGUUUGGAAUAGGAUUGCUAAAUGCCUCUGAACAUAGAUUAUAGGCCAAUAAGGAGCCCACCUUCCCCAGGGGCGGAUCCAGGAUUUUUUUUAGGAGGGGGUGCACUCGUCUCUUGCUCUACUUCAACACCAAUAAACCACAUUUUUUUUUUUUUGCAGAAUACCAGUUGUAUUAGAAAACCGCAGGUCAUCUCAGGGGGGGUGGGCACCCCCUGCACCCUCCCCCUAGAUCCGCCCCUGGGUCCCAUCUGCACACCUCCACCCAAAAAUUCACAGAGUACCACACCCCCCUUCCCAUUACUAUAUGCAGGGCUGAAGUCGAAGGGCAGCUUUGUCAUGGGUGACAUUAAAGGAUGCAUUCAAUUAUGAUCAUAAUAUUUGUGAAACAAUAAAAUGGAAUUUACACUUCUAGAAGAUGCUUUUUUUAUGCAUUGUUUGCACUAUGACAUCUGUAAGUCUGGCUUCCAUUCUGUAUUUAGAUAUUUGCAGCAUUAUUUACAGCUAGUGAUUCCUGAAAUUUCCAGUGGAAGGGAUUUCUAAGAAUCCUAGUUUCUUGGCAUUCUUUUUAUUGGAAUACCAUAAAUCAAGACACACCCCAAUAGCCUUUCAUUUCACACUCUGCUUUCCAUUUGUUACUUUUCUACUUGUAGAAAAUGUAGAAGUUAUUGAUGGAAAGGUAACAGUCUGCCGAGAUGCAGUAAAAGGAAAGUGUACAAGGCCAAACUGUAAAUACUACCACCCUACAACCAGUUCAUCUUCGUCUGCAUCAGCUCCAGAUCAAACCCCUAGAUAGAACAUGCCCUUAGCUGGAUGGGUGGAAGGAAUAUGGAGGUCAAGAGCUAUUUUGGUACCAAGAGUGUCUUAACUCUCGGAAUACUACCAAAAUGUUAUUAUUAUUCGUAACUAAGGGGGUACCCCCCGUGCACAGCUGGUUAAAAUCAGUUUACUUUAAUUGAUGCACUAAUAAACGUAGGGGAAUCUUUGCUGGUAUUUUAAUUGGCUUCAUAAAGUUUUCACCACCCAGGAACAAAAUUAAUGAACUUCACAAAUUGGUAGCACUUCCAAGGAAAGUUGAAAUACUUGUUGGAAAAAUUUUGAGCUCUUAUAACAGGGCUCACACUCUGUCUUGUUUUCAAAAUUCCAUGCAUUUUAAUGACCUUGUCAAGUUAUCCAUAACUCAAAGUUAAACACCUUUUUUCAAAAUUUUGACAAAAGAUCACUGUUAUACAGUUGCUUUUUCUGUCAUUUUUUCCAACUUUCUGAAUUUCUAUAUUUUUCUUUUUGUUAUUCCUUGUACGUUUUGCUUUUUAAUAGAACACAACAUAGUUUUGUGAUUUUGCACAGUUAAAGAACAAUUUUUUACAACUUUCAAUUACCUAAACUAAGAGCCAUCUCUUUCCAUCCUUAGAAAGUAAAAGUUUAAUAUUCAAUGACUUGCCAGAUUUCUUUCCAGAACCAUGUGAACCCUCACAAAUCUUUAUGAAAUCCAAAUUUAUGGGAAUGCAUGAUGAAAGAGAAUUUUGGUUUUGUUUCAUUUCCAGUUACAGCUGUGAAAGUAUUGCCCAUUCCUUCCUGGGUCCUAUAAGCUUGAUGAUUCAUGCUUGUUAGCAACUUUGUUAUGUGACACCUGUCACUGUACUGGUUUAGAAGAGAACACUGUAUUCGGAUUCAUAUGACUUCCCGUGAUGCCAAAAUCAUUUUGUAAAAAAAUUCAGAGACCUUAGCUUGUGACUUUGUGUGUCAAAAUGAGACCCAUGACUUUUCUUGGUUUCUUAUUAUCCUUUUGUCUUUGAGACAAACAUUGCAUUCAUGGAAAACCAACUGUGACACUCGUUUUUGCUGUUACCUUUCUUGAAGUGAAGGAUAAGCAACUAUAUCAGCAAAGAUCCCCCUACACCAUAAAAUAUAAGUAGGUGAGGUAGUAAUCAUAUGCAUGCUACAUAACCAUGAUUCAGCAAUUCUAAAAGAAUUGUGUAGAGAUGUGAUCAUUUAUUUAGCUAGCCUAUAGAUCAGCUUAAAUAACUUACUAACUCAUUACCACUGCUUAAAGCAUUAGAAGAAGGCUGCGGAAAUGUGUUAAAUUAAUGAGCAUUGAGGUGCAGAAAUAACAGUGUUCCUUGGUAAGUUUCAUCGUUUUGCCACACAGACUUAUAAUAUUUUGCUUUUGUCUUGGACUGGAACAUUUAGGUUAACCUUCACUUACCUUCGAGAGUCACAGAUGUUGUGUUGGCUCUUAACUCUUUGGAAAAAUAUCUUAAAUUUUCUUGAUUCCUCACUCUCAGGAGUGAGAUUGAUACAUGUCUAAUGUCAAUUUACUUAGGAGCAUUGUAGGCUUGGAUACAAUAUGCUUAUCACUGGUUUCCCCAGCCUUAAGCUACAUGUAGCUCAUUUCACUGCAAGUGCAUCAAGAUAAAAAAACUACUUUUUACAAAAUGGCAGAGCAGAAACUGGUUUUCUGAAUUUUUAUUUUAAAAAAAUUUUGUCAUUUUUUCUGGAUGAAAAAAUCGAAAUGUAUGUAUGAAAGAAUUUUUUAGUAAGCAUCUUAAGUAAUCUUAACAUGGAUGGAAAAAAAAUCUACAAAGACAGAGGUUUUAAAAUUAAGAUUGUCAUACUAGUACCAAAAGCUGAUACCAUAUUUGGCAAAGAUACUAUAUCUGUGAAAAAAAUGUCCUGUAAAGGUAGCACGACGUGGAAUAGGGGUGAGAAAACUGACUUGUACAUGUAUUAACAACAAAAAAUGAUUUUGUUAACUCCUAGAGUAAAGAUUGAGGGAGGAGUGUAAAUUGAAAUGUUAACGAAAAUAGUGAGUGAAAAACAAAUGAGUACAGGCUUCGAAGAUGCCGCCAUUUUUGCCAAUCCAACUGACUGCCCAUGGGUCUCUGAGGAUCAGAAGACUGAUAAUUUUCCCCAAGUCUCUUCUCCUGACUAUUUUCUUGCAAAGUGUUUUCACUGGGUGCUGUCCUCUUGACUACAUAAUACAACAAAACUAGCUGACCUUCAGGUUGGUAUAUGGUUGUCACACAAAUCAUUUCCCCAUUGUAUGACAACUUGACUAUACAGAGAAUAGCUGGAAAGGAAUUGGCUGAAUAAAACUAUUUUGACAAUAUUAUUUUUAAAAAGCUGUGAGGCAAAGUUUGUACAAAUGAAAUGACAUUCCAGCUGGCCUGUUUUUCUUAUCUUUUAUUUCUCUUUUGCAAAAAGUUUAAUGAUGAGAGCCUCUGAUGCAGAUAUUAAUCUUAGUCCUCAACAACAUGUCUAAGGGUGAUGUUUGAUCUCUGACUGUGGAUGUUCCUGCCUACACUAUUUGGUAUUUGAUGGCACGUACAAUUCAUGAUGUAACAGAUGAGGGUGUAGGAAAUAUCAAACAACAUACUUUAAUGGGAUUGAUGACUUUCAAGCUGCUUGCAGCUCACAUGCAAGGUCACCAAGGCCCAAAGGAGUGCUUUAUGCUAGAGUCAUUUAAAGGGCGUUUCUGGAAAAAAAAAUGUCAAAAGGACUGACGAUAAUAUGUCCAUCAAAGGCUCCAUAGGCUAUGGUAAAGAUUAAGGAAUAAAGCAACAAGGAGAGUUUAUUUUUAUAUUCCUGCGCUUUUAGAAAAAAAAUAAACUAGCAGCAGAAAUGUCAAGCAGCAGCGUUUGAUAUUGCAAGGAUACAUUAAUUAUAAGCAUUUAAUGUUAAAUUAUAUUAUUAUGUAAAGUGUAUUCAGUAUAUUAAGUAUGUCCCUGAGGUGUAAAGUUGUGCAUGCCAAAAAUUAAGAAGAGUAAAGUAACAGAAAAUUUAUUGAUAUUUUAUAAAGUAUUUAUUUAAAAUUCAAAUAUUGUUUUUAUUAGUUUGUCCACUACAGUAGCAAGUUAGCAUUAGUGAUAAAUGGAGGGCAUAGCUCAAGAAAUGCGACUCAAGUUAUUAAGGUUUCUAUAAAAGUUUAGUUAAAAGUAAUAGUUAUAUAUGGAUGUUUAGUACAAAUGGAAGAGCCAAGUGCAAAAGAGUUCUUGUGAGUAGGAUUUUUUCAAAGAACAUGACAGAUUUCCUAAAUUUACAAACUGCACAUACCAGGAAAAUAGAAAUGAUCCAAGAGGAAACAGGAAGUGAAACAAAGUUCAAUGUCAAUAAUAAUAAUAAUGUUGAUGGCUGAAAGAUAAGGCAGAUGGUGUUUUGAUAAGAACCAUUUCCAGUAUAAGACGUUUUUAUGUUGCUUAUGAGAUUUAGCUAAGAGCUUUUUGUGUUUAGCUCUUCUCUUCUACUAAUAUCUUUUCAAAGUGAAUGAUUUAUCGUUGACAAAAAUGCUUCAGAUUUUGAACAUUAGAUUUAGUAUCUUUCUUUAGGCAGCACAGUCUUCUAUCAGGCUUUACUCCCUCCUUAUUUAUAUUUGAAGUAAAUAAGUACAUCCUGCACACCCUGGUGGUUGUAUGGAACUGUUGUGUUUCUUGGGACAACCAAUAAAAUCUUUUUCAUGAUAUGAACUACCUUGAGAGUUGUUUUUAGUAUAAGAGGCAUCAGUUCUCAACACACGCUUUUUGGUACAUUUCUUUGCCAUCACUGCACGACUACGACGUGAAUUGCCAAAUUUCACAUUUCAUCGACAACAUGAACAUACGACGACAAAUUUCUCUUUCUCUCCCUAAACUUGAAUUUCUUUCUUAAGAAUGAUUGGACAAAGUGAGCGAGUUGGGAUAAUGGCACUGAAGUUUCAAAGAACGAGAAGCCACUUUUUAAGUGACAUUUUUGCCACCGUUGCGGUCAUGGUAUCUUAAACUCCCUAAAAUGCCCAAGGGGCAGGUAUUGUUUUAUGCCUGUAUAUGGGCUGUACACUUAUGUGCUGUUGUGAAGGGUUGGGUUCCCAAGAAGUUUAGUCUGGGAUGGGUGUCAUUUUAUGGGAAACUGGUCAUUGGUAAAAGAAUAUUAGGAUUUUGGUUCAUAGUCAGUCUGGGAUGAAGAUGCUAAGUACUCUGCAAAGGAUGGAAAUAACUCUACC